UUCUGUUCAUCACCAAACCAAGAGAGAGAGAGAGAAAGAAACGAGAGGGGGAAAAAUGACGACCACAUCAGAGCUCGAGGACCCCCUUUCUCUCUCCUCAUUCAAACUCUCCCAUUGACUCUCUCUCUCUCAACCAAAUUGGAAAUUUUCAAUUUCCCCCCAGUCUCCAAGUCCUCUUCAGAUCAUAACUCGACCUUGAUGAUUUCCCCCAAAAAUUAGGGUUUCGAGCUCCCAAUCCCAUCACACAAUGCCUCAGUACCAAACCCCCAAAUCCUGGACCCUCGUAGGCGCCGGAGGCCAUGUCGUCGAUGUUGAGACCGCCGUCAAAGAUGGGAUCUUGGGUAGCAUCGCCGGCGGUGCGGUCACCGCCUCCGAGAAGCUCGACCUCAAGAAGAUGAUCGAGGAUUUGGAUCCUGUCGAUGAUAUCCCUGCGGUCUUCAUCUGCCCUAUUUCUCUCGAUCCGAUGACGGAUCCGGUCACCCUCUCGACGGGCCAAACCUACGAGCGAUCGAACAUUAUGAAAUGGUUCUCUUUCGGUAACGUCACCUGCCCUACUACGAUGCAGGAGCUUUGGGAUUAUAGCGUCACCCCCAAUCGCACGCUUCAGCAGUUAAUUCACGCUUGGUUGUCGCAAAAGUAUUUGAGGAUGAAGAAGAAGGCGGAGGACGUUAACGGCCAAGCUGCUGAGCUCGUUGAUUCUCUUAAAAAGGCGAAAGGGCAAGCCAGAGUUCAGUCGCUUAGAGACCUCCGCGGUCUGGUCACCGCCCACGCUUCUACUAGAAAAACUGUGGUGAGCUCUAAUGGAUUUGGUUUGAUUUCUUCGUUAUUGGGUCCGUUCACUUCGCAUGCUGUUGGGUCUGAAGCUAUUGGGAUUCUUGUUAAUCUAAGUCUUGAUUCGGAAUCGAAGGCGACUUUGAUGCAGCCCGCAAAGUUUUCGCUCGUAAUCGAUCUUUUGAAUGAAGGAACGACCGAUACGAAGAUAAAUUGUACUAAGUUUUUGGAAAUGUUGAUGGUGGAGAAGGAUUUUAGAUGGGAGCUAGUAUCAAGCUUGAGUCUUUUGGUAGGGAUUUUGAGAUUGGUCAAGGAUAAGAGGUACCCAAAUGGGGUUUUGGCUGGAAUUAGCAUUCUCAAGGCUAUUUGUUCAUAUAGUCAGGUUAGGAGUCUAGUCGUUAGCAUUGGAGCUGUUCCUCAGAUAGUUGAAUUGUUGCCCGAAAUGAAUUCGGAUUGCUUAGAACCUGCAUUGAAGAUUCUGGACGAUCUUUCGACUGUACCCGAAGGGCAAUUGGCUUUGAAGGAGAGUUCGCCAACUAUACCCAACAUGGUGAAGCUAUUGAUGAGGGUUUCAGAGUCUUGUACUCAAAGUGCAUUGUCGAUUUUGUGGGCAGUUUGUAAGCUUGAUCCUGGUGAAUGUGCGAAGAUUGCAGUUGAGGCUGGACUGGCAGCAAAAUUGUUGCUUGUUAUUCAGAGUGGUUCUGAUCAGGCAUUGAAGCAGAGGUCAGCUGAGUUAUUGAAGCUUUGUAGUUUAAAUUACACGCCGACUCAUUUCAUUUCAAAGUGCAAGCUAACGAGAACAAUGCAGUGAGAUUUGGAUUCUUGAUUAUGAAAUGAUUAUUGUUUCUGGUUCAUUGGGGAGGCGAGAACGAUGCAAUGAGAGUUGGAUUCCUGAUUAUGAAAUGAUUAUGGUUUUUGGUUCAUUAAGGAGCAAAGAAGUGUGAAUUGGAGGGAGCGCUAUUGAGCUGGACGAGAUGGGUCUUUUUCGGGCAAGUGUGGGGUAUAUAAUGCUGUGAUCCUGUUGUUUAUAUAUUGGUUUGGAUGCCUUUGAAGUUUUGCUUAAUUGAUUGAUAUAAUUUAGAAGAAUUGGUAUAUAGCAGAUUCCGCUAUGAUUAUUCUUGCUCAGUGAUUGGAUGGGUUCCGCCCAAAUAAGCCCUUGAGAUCGUGUAAUUGUCGUAGUCAUUCUAUUGAAAAUUUUGUGCUUGUAAAAUUGUUUCAUCCAAAUUUGGUAAGCAACAGAUUAGAAGUCAAUAGCAAUUUCUUUUA